AUGAGUUCCCCGCUUCGCUUCAGCCCAUGUUUCUCAUGGAAAAGAAUGAUGAGCAUCUUUUUCCUGCCGUUUAUCUCAUCAGGUUUUAUUCCUCGGCAAAAUUAUAACAAGGACUGUCUCUUAGAAGAAGCAGGGCUGCCGCUGCAACCGCACAGGUUUAAUUGGUCUCAUCUGACCCCUCUCGAGCUGAAGGAUCGGUCUGUGGGACUUCAGACUGCAAGCACAGCUUGUGGUAAACCACACUUCACACUGGAGGGGCACAAGUUCCUGAUCUGUGGGGGCUCCAUCCACUAUUUCCGGGUGCCCAGGGAGUACUGGAGGGACCGCCUGCAGAAGCUGAGGGCCUGUGGCUUCAACACUGUCACCACCUACGUGCCAUGGAACCUCCAUGAGCCACAAAGAGGCACAUUCGACUUCUUCGGGAACCUGGAUCUGGAGGCUUUUGUCCUGCUGGCGGCGGAGACGGGGCUGUGGGUGAUUCUGCGUCCAGGCCCCUACAUCUGCAGCGAGAUCGACCUCGGGGGCUUGCCCAGCUGGCUGCUGCAGGACCCCAGCGUGAAACUGAGAACCACCGAAAAGGGCUUUAUUCAGGCAGUUGAUCGAUAUUUUGAUCAUCUGAUUGCCAGAGUGGUUCCUCUCCAGUACCGCAGGGGAGGCCCCAUCAUUGCAGUGCAGGUGGAGAACGAAUAUGGUUCCUUUUACAAGGACAGGAAAUACAUGCCUUAUCUUCAAAAGGCUCUGCUGGAAAGAGGGAUUAUGGAGAUGCUCUUGACCUCAGAUGGGGAGAAGGAAGUGCACCGAGGCAGCAUAGAAGGAGUGCUGGCCACCAUCAAUAUAAACUCGUUUGGGAAGGAUUCUUUUAGGUACCUUCAUCGUUUGCAGAAAAAUAAGCCCAUUAUGGUCAUGGAAUACUGGGUCGGCUGGUAUGACAUGUGGGGAGAUCAUCACAUAGUCAAAGAUGCAAAUGAUGUUAAAAAUACUGUGUCUGAAUUUAUCAAAUUUGAGAUCUCCUUCAACGUGUACAUGUUCCAUGGUGGAACCAACUUCGGUUUCAUAAAUGGGGCCACAGAUUAUGGGGAGCACAGAGGUGUUGUCACCAGCUAUGACUAUGAUGCUGUGCUGACAGAGGCCGGGGACUACACCCAAAAAUAUUUCAAGCUUCGAAAGCUCCUGGGAUCCGUCGUAGCGUUGCCCCUGCCCCCCUUACCCAAGCUCACCCCGAAGGCUGUGUACCCUCCUGUGAAACCAUCUGUUUUCUUGCCGCUGUGGGAUGUCCUGCCGUCCUUAGAUGAGCCAGUCAUAGCUCAUCAACCAGUCAACAUGGAGAAUCUUCCCAUAAACAAUGGGAGUGGUCAGUCCUAUGGGUUUGUGCUUUAUGAGACUUUCAUCUGCUUUGGAGGUUACCUCCGUGCUAAUGUUCAAGAUUCAGCACAGGUGUUUUUGAAUGAGACAAAUAUAGGAUUUCUGAAUGAUGUUGAUCAGAAGUUGAAUAUUCCUGAAAUCAGGGAAUGUCAACUUCUAAGGAUCCUGGUGGAGAAUCAAGGACGAGUCAAUUAUUCAUGGAAAAUUCAAGGCCAGCAGAAAGGGAUAGUUGGACCUGUUACCAUCAAUGGGAUUAUCCUGGAGGAUUUCACUAUUUAUUCUCUGGAAAUGAAAACGAGCUUUUUUGAGAGGCUCCGCGCUGUCCCCUGGAGGCCCAUCGCAGACAGCCAUCCGGGCCCUGCCUUCUAUCUCGGCACCUUGGAGGCUGGCUCUUCUCCCAUGGACACCUUCCUGAGCCUGUCAAACUGGACUUACGGAUUUGUGUUCAUUAAUGGACGCAACCUUGGGCGAUAUUGGAACAUUGGACCACAGGAAACACUUUACCUUCCUGGUGCCUGGCUUCACCCAGAAGGCAAUGAGAUCAUCCUGUUUGAAAGCAGUGAGAGUGGUUUUGACAUCCAAACUACAAAUAUACCCAAACUUUAA